UUUGAUGUCACUGGGUGAGAGAGCUUAUAUAUAUAUAUAUAUUUUGUUUUUCCUUUUUAUUCUGACCCUCUUAUACUUUCACCAUUGAGGCAGACAGAUCAAUUAUUUUGUCACAUACAGGCAGCAGACGGAGCCGCGGCGCAAGACGAAGGAACCGUGGUAGGGGCAGUGACCAUGCCCCAUCAUUUUUGUCUUUUAGCAAGCUAAAGUCUCCAGCACGAGAGAGCUACCUCCAGAUAGUCACAGCAGACAUGGCGGAAUCCACGAGACAAGACGACCUCAAGGAAAAGAACAGGGCCCUUCAGAAGGACUUCGCCAACCGGACCAGAGAGCCGAGACGUACGCCAGUUCCGAUACCACACGAUCUCUCAUGGCUGUUAGCAGCAAUAUCUAAACUCGAGAAGAAAGACGGCCUACAGGUGCAAGCUCCCCUGUCUACCCAGAAUGAACAUCGAAUCCCUGGGUUCUCGCCAACAGCGCACCCUCGUCGGCUGACCGAAGUUCUCGACUCGCUAGCAACCCUUUUGGUGUCACAACCGAAGCAUGAGGUUUUUGCCAUCGGUUUACGACCCAGAGGAAGUGACCAGAAGCUUGAGUUAUUCCUGUCUGGUAAUACGCAAAUACAGAGCACCACACGCAAGCAUCUGAGAGACAUCUGGGAUUUCAUGAAGAGAUUAUCGGACUGCUAUUAUGCUGUUUAUAGAGGCGAUCCGACUGAUUGCUCACCUAGAAAUCCUACUAAUGAUCCUGUGUUUCGCGAAACAGAAGCUCUGUUCGCUCGCCAUUGCUUACGAUUCACUUGGCGGCGGCUCCAACACAUAUUCAAUUUGAAGUUCAACGACCUCAGGGGGAUUUCUCCCGCCACGGUACCACCGGGACACCCUUUUCAUUCUGUCCGACGUGCGAUUAUUCGUGUCGUGGGUGUCUUCUUGCGGGAACAGAAUCCCGCAUACGGAAUGCCAGCAGAUGACGACAGGGACGGUUGGCGUAUGCUUCGCAUAUGUCUGCUUGAUGCUCGUAAUGCAAUCCGGAAAUUCCUCGAUGAAAGUGGUUUCCAGGGACUUCAUAUAAACAUCGCUCUUCCCUUCGCGAAGCUGGAAGACUACCUUCGCAAAAUCGCCUCUCACUAUAAUAGUUACGAGAUCUUGGUCAAGGCCGCUGUUUCGCUAAGUUGUCGGCCUCUCUUCACGUUCACAACAUCAGUCAUGGACCUUCCUGAAUCGUCUGCUAGCUUACCUCAGCGCCCCCAGAAACCUGAAGACUGGGAGGCCGUGUUGGAAGAUGCCCUGGGAUGGUACAAUGAAGAGAAUAAGCGCAACAAUACUUUGACCCGAGUCAUGAACAUUGAGGUCAUAGCCAAAGACACCGCUUUUAUGGCCAAACAGGAUAUGUCGAGGACAGCUGUCGUCCAUUGCGAAGUCAAGCUAUUGGCCGCCAUCGAAAGCGAGCAGAGAGAGAAUCCUGGACUGCCUAAGGCAUACACGUACAUCGGGAUGUCAAAACUGUCCUGUACCGGCUGCGAUAGCUUCUUCCGUGCAUUUAAUACCGUUCAUAAUACGACUUGGACAACAAGAGGAAGCCAUGGAAAGUCAUAUUACCCAUGGAUGUUCCCAGAAACGGUGCCGAAACGAGAGGAUGUCCUCAAAGCCACGUACUACAACGUCGUCUCUCGGUGGGUCACAUCAUACAAGGGUUAUGUUCCUCAGUUUGUGCCGAGGGCGCAAUCAGCCCGCAGUACGGGGGUUCUCGGUGAUCUGGAUGAUGAAAUUGAUGAUGUUGUUAGUUAUUUGAAGAACAGGUUGAAACCAGAAGAUCUACGAUAGAUCGGCCUGUACCAGUGCAUUUCCGGAUGCUUUUCCUUUUCUGUCUUUUCUUUCCUUCUUUCCUCGUUUCCAUCUCUUGCAAUGGUUUACGCAACGCUAUUCAGAUUGUGGGAAUUGGAAAUCCUUAAUCAUAAUAUUUCUCAGAAGAGGUUUCGGUGGUUAUCACAUUAGAAAGUCUCCGCAGUUAAUAGAUUUUACUUCUUGCU